UGUUUUUUGGAAGCAGGUUGUUUGAAAAGUGCUGAUAAAAAGUAAAAAUGAAGAUUCUGAUGGUGUUUGACUUUGAUCACACUGUGGUGGAUGACAACAGUGACAUCUGGGUCAUCAGGUGCCUUCCAGGUCAGACUCUUCCGGAUUCUGUGAAGCGUUCCUACAGGAGGGAUCAUUGGACCGAGUACAUGGGCAGAGUGAUGGCCUACAUAGGAGAGCAGGGGGUCGUCCCUGAUACGAUCCGCAGUGUGAUGGAGACUAUCCCCUUCACGCCUGGAAUGGUGGACCUGCUCACCUUCAUAUCGCAGAACAAAAGCUCGGUGGACUGCAUCAUCAUCUCCGACUCCAACACCCUGUUCAUAGACUGGAUCCUGAAGGGGGCGGGGCUCCAGGCGGCCGUGGACCAGGUGUUCUCCAACCCGGCCGGCAUCAAUGAGUCGGGCUACAUGGAGGUGAAGCACUACCAUUCGCACGACUGUGAGAGAUGCCCCGUCAACAUGUGCAAGAAGAAGAUCCUGGAGACGUACCUGUCCCAGAAGCCAGGAUACGGGCGGGUCUUCUACGUGGGAGAUGGCAGGAACGACCUCUGCCCCACUUCCUGUCUGAGGAGCCAUGACGCCGUGAUGCCCAGAAAGGGGUUCACCCUGGAGAAACUGCUGGCCGCUCAGAAAGAUCAGGAAGGUUCCAGCUCUGUUGGAGCUGAAGUGAUCGGGUGGAGCAGCGGAACUGAGAUCCUGCAGGAGCUGAAAGGAAGCCUGCAGUCGCAGUGAUGGAGGAGCUCAGCUUUCACCUCCCCUCCAUCGCUCCCCAUCCCCUGUAAGGAAAGCUUUCAUAUGCAGGGGGCCGAAUUUAAACCACAGAAGCACAAACUAGAGAAAAAAAGGAGUCUAAUGAAAUUAUUUUAUGAAAAAAACAAGGAAUGUAACGACUAUAAGUCAUUUAUUUUUUUCAUCUUUUCGUUUUUUUAUGGUGUCUUCAG